AUGAACUCAUCAACUCGAUCUUCGAGCUUGGUUAUCAUCGACUCAUCCGCGUAUGAAUGGGAUGAGAGGUUCAUCAGCGGCCAGCCCCAAACAUAUCAAUCCCAAAACACUCCAUUUGUUGUAGGCAGAUCCGAAAUAGCGUCGAGCCAUGUGCCUACCGCGGCUAACGAACUCAUCGAUUGCUUUUUAACUGUACUGGGUGAUCGUGGUGUGCCACAUGGGCCCAGUACUUAUCAAGACCUGGACCUUCGAGCUUUAUGUACCGGAUGCAACAUGAAAACAGUCGAAGAUGGUUUGGAGGACAACGUCAAGAAGCCCAUUGCACUGCUGGAUGACAGAUCUCGGUUGGCCGACAAGCAACUGGCUGUAGCAGGAUACAGGCGUGCAAACCCUGGACUGUUAAACGUGAGCCAACUGUUAGUUGAGCUGAAAAAGGCGAGAUACAAUUGCCGUGGCCAACCCGAUGCUGAAAGAAGGCUUUUAUAUGUGACGAACCCAGACAGUUGGGUGAUCAUGGUCUUGCUGUCCACUGCAUCUCCCGAGCAAGCACUGUACCUCACCGAGUUUUUCUACAAGUACCUCGGCUCUAAAACUUCCCUUGGCAUACAUCGCCCGCCACGAGGAGUUCUUUCUUUCGCAUUGGAGUUUCACUUACAGUUCUAUGUCUGGCGCGAAGAAGAUGUAUUGCGGGAAGAUCCGAGAAAGAAGAAGAGCGAUAAGCCCCUGCGAAGGUCGUUUCGACUUAACUACAUUGAUGAAGAAGGUUCCGAAGGGGUUUCUCAGGUCUGCAUUUACGAGGCCCAGAUCUCGUGUCUAGUAGCAGGCCUGGACAACCAUUCAUGGAUGGCAUAUCUGUUCAUCGACACAUACUAUCAGGAAGAUUCCUCUUCUGAGAGUGUAAGGUAUUAUAACUCCCAAGAAGACCUCAGAACGGAUCCUCUCGCAGCUGGCACAGUGGACUCUGAUCUGCCAAUAUGGACUCCGAGGGAGUACUUCCUCGUUGUGUACGAGUGUCGGCUGAAGCAAGUCAAGCACGCUCUUCAGAACCUGGUCUCGAGACUGUUGCUGAAGCUGGAGCCCUAUAUUCAAGAUUCCAUGACCCUUGUCCCUCGCCCGACAGACGAAGGCAUCUCACCAGCCCAAAAGAAGAAGAUACAGCAGAUGUUGAACGAAGCCAGUAGGGUGUUACGACAAACCAUUCACUCGAUCUGUAAGGCCGUCGAAGUCUGGGACAGAUUCAGCAACCGGGAUGCAGCCUACCUAUCAGACAUUCUCCGACCUAGAAGCGGCAGGCCGGACCCGAUCCCCCCUUUUAGAGUUGUUGCCAGAAUAGGGGAGCACAUUGAUGGACUGAGGGAUCUUCAGCGCCUCGCCGAACAGCAGCAAGAACUUUGCGCGGGCCUUGCCCGUGAGCUGGAAAUGGAGCUCGUCAUGGAAGACAACGAGAUCACUGUCCAGCAACAGGCAACGGGCGAAUUACUAAAGACCUUGACAGCAAUCAGUGUACUAUUCCUACCCCUGAUGGCCACGGCUGCUCUGUUCAGCAUGCAACCUGGAGUUCUGCCCCCCAGCUUCUACACCGGAAAGUCAUUUCUCCUUUGCUGGCUCCUGCCCACGUUUGUUGCGGUAGUAGCUGGUGUAUACUACAACCGAAAGUCGUUUCGGCUGUCCCGCUCUCGUAGAGGAGGGGCCUCGCUCCAGGAUCACAUCUACUCAUUACAAAUGCGAGGCCGGUAUACCGAGUCGGCAAGGUCUUUGCUCUCUAGGGGAGCAGAUAUCUCGUACAGGGACGAUAUUGAACUUGGGCCUGUUUCACAUGUGGCGAGUUUCCUUGAUUAG